AUGAAUGAGACAGCGCGAAAGAGUUUCAGUUACGACUCGCAAAAAAUCUUACACGUUUCGAUGAUUGCCAUCGUUAUGAUUGGUUCUAUUGUUGGGAACAGCAUCAUUUGCUUUCUUCUUGUCAGGUUCAAGACUUUGCGAACAGUUCCCAAUAUCCUUAUUGUAAACUUGGCUGUCAUUGACAUUUUAAACGCAGUGACCAACAUGCCACUGAUGAUCAUGUGGUACAUAUACCAAGUUCCGUAUUUGAAAGGACUUGCAAUCUCCUGGUUCAUAGUGACAUGGUACGUACUUUUCAUGCACCUCACCGUAUUUAAUCUGACGGUGCUUACAAUGGACCGCUUCGGAGCCAUUGUCCACGGGAUUCAUUAUCACUCGUGGAAGACAAUCAACAAGGCGAAAGCAGCAGUGUUUUUUGUGUGGACUUUUGCCGCUGCCUAUACGUAUGGAAUGUUCACUUUGGGACUGGACAUUGACCUUGGUGAUGCCCCAGUGCUUCAGUACAGAAUGCAUUAUUUAAAGAAAUUUGGAAGGCAUUUUAUCAUUCCAGGGUAUGUUGUGCCUUUCAUGAUCAUGGUAGUUAUGGGAGUGGCGAUUUGGCGCACCCUGCAUAACCAUAGCAGACGCAUUUCGGCCUACUCUUCUACGGGAAAACAGACCAAAAAUGACGUGAAGACAGCAAAGACGAUCGGCUUGACUGUGGUUGCUUUUUUCUGCAUGGGUGUAUUACCGAUGUUGCUACACAACAUAUGUAAAGUUCAUGGCUCAUGGCCUCAUUUCCUUGCCUUCUUUCUCAAUCAUCUGAACAGUAUGGCAAAUCCAAUCAUUUACUCUCUGAAGACUCCUCGGUAAGUAUUUAUGUUGUGAUUGUUCUUGUUUCCAUUUCAUUUGGACUACAAAAAAAAGAGAGUAACAACACUUUGACAAUGACUUUUUCUCUUGAUCUCUCAUUUUACAAUACCAAUAGGAUGUUGUCGUUUCUUUUUAAUCGUUGGAGGCCACAUCAAAUAUCAAUUUAGUAGAGGCUUGAAUGACUGAAUCCACAAAUCAAGUUUGUUUCACCGCAUAUAUUUUUAGAACUUUCUGUUAAAUCUAAGUAAGAAGUAAACACGUCCUUUUUUCCACAGGUUUCGUAAGGCGUUUAUUCUAUUCUUGAAGGAACCUUUGGGCAAGUCCCAGCCACUGAUGGCUUCCAAGAAUCGGAUGGAUCUCAACUCCACAACGAGGAAUUUAUCUUCGAAAGUGGAUAUGUUUCACACCCAGAUCUCAUCUGUUUAA